AUGUCUAAAGUUGAUACAUACUUCGAUGACUUAACUUCCUGCUUGCUAUUUGGCUUCCUGGAGCACAAGCGUCUAACAGAAAAAGAAAAGCAUAUAGUUUUUUUAUCCUAUACCAUCGUCCUAUCCCAUCCUCUUUUGACCUCUGUGUUACUGAGGGAGCUAUCUGUUCGACCUCUGUAUCAGUGGAGGAAUUGCCUCAGUGCUGGUGUAGAUUUUACGCUACCGCCUAACCUCUAUGUUGUGGAGUUAAGACCUCCGUGUCGUGAACAAACUAAUUUAGAUCCAGUAGAACAGUACUGGAUGGAUCUGGUAAAGUACAAACUAGAGAACGAGAUUUAUCUCGAAGAGUCUCAACAUGUUCUAGACAUAAUAAAGGACAUACAAGAAUAA